AUGGCGGAGAAACAGCUAACGGCCCAAGAGGAGAGGGGUAAAGGAGAGAUCUGGGGUUUUGUAGACCAUAUCAAUAAAGAGGACCUGUCAUGCCUUAUUUCUAUCACAAGGCAGAUCUUGGAAGCCUGCAAGCAGCUGUUAGAAAUACAACUUUGUCCUUGUUGUGAUCAGCUGAUCUUUAAGAAUGACUCUCUUCACAGUAAAAGAAGCAAGAAAGGUUUUCAUGAGCUACAGAACACAAGACUGAAAGAAGGGAUUUACAAUAUUAACCCAGAUGAAGAACCUUUGCGCUCGGAAUUGCUGAGUGGUAAAUUUACGGUUUUGCCCGGAAGAGAUGCAAAUGGAGCAGCGUUAGCCCUGUUUACUGCUCGGCUUCAUCGGCCGGACGUGACCACGCAUAAGGCUGUUCUUCAGGCUAUUAUCUAUCAGUUAGAUAAAGCAAUUGAGAGAGUGGAGACGCAACGCAAUGGGCUUAUAUUCAUCUAUGAUAUGAUUAAUUCCACUUAUGGAAACUUUGACUAUGAACUGUGUGUGAAGAUCUUGAACCUUUUAAAGGGUGCUUUUCCCGCACGGUUAAAAUGUGUUUUUAUUGUGUCCUCUCCUCUUUGGUUCCGAGCUCCAUUUGCUGUUCUUCGUCUCUUUGUCAGAGAAAAACUGCGAGAACGGGUGCGAACAGUAAAAGCCCAUGAGUUGGUAAACCAUAUACCGAAGGACUCUUUACCAGAACAUUUGGGAGGUACAUUAAAAAUAAGCCAUGUGGCAUGGAUUCAGGCAUGUGUUAAUUCCAGACAAGGACAAGAAAAUGGAGACUGCAUGGACCAUCUCUUUGUUAUAUACUCAUCUGAGCAAAACCCUGUGAGUGAUAGACUAAACUCUAAUUGCACCCAGCAGAAUGUGACUGAUAACACCAAACUUUUACACAAUCAUUACCAUGAAAACAGGACUAAGAAUUAUGCAGAGGCACACAGAGUAAGCAGCUGUGUGCACUGGAAUGGGUCUGCCGUUAGCGGCAACUACGAUUGUUGUGACAAAAGCUCCAGUGCAAAUACAAAUUGCAGGAGGCCGCCUCCUCAGUCGGAGACUCCUCCGGACACUCCAUUGUAUAAGCAGCCUGCUGACAAUCCUUCCAUCCCACCUUUACCCCAGAAAUCUCGACCACUGCCUGCCGACAUGGAGGUAUCCAUACACAUACCAGAAGAAGGAGGUAUGACGGUACUUGGUUUGGUUCAACAUGUCAAGAGGAUGAAAAAGCGGGGUAUUUUUCAAGAAUAUGAAGAGAUUAGGAAGGAGUCGCCAGUUGGCACGUUUGAUGUAUCAAAGAAGCCUUACAAUCAAUCAAAGAAUAGAUAUAGUGAUGUCUUGUGCCUGGACCAGUCAAGGGUUAAGUUGGGUCUUAUUGGAACUGAUGAGACAACUGACUAUAUAAAUGCCAGUUUUAUGGACGGGUAUAAAAGGAAAAAUGCCUACAUUGCAACACAAGGUCCUUUGCCUAAAACGUUUGAUGAUUUUUGGCGCAUGGUUUGGGAACAGAGAGUUUUAAUAAUUGUUAUGACAACCAGAGUAAUAGAAAGAGGUAGAAUAAAAUGUGGACAGUACUGGCCUCUUGAAGCAGGAAGAAGUGAAGAUUCUGGACACUUCAUCAUCCGAAACAUCCAUAUAGAUCUUUUCCAAGACUUCAAACUAACUCACUUGGAUCUUUAUAAUAAGCAAACUGAUGAAAGCCGGAGUGUUGCACAUUAUCAAUAUAUGAGCUGGCCUGACUUUGGUGUGCCUAAAUCUGCAUCUGCCAUGUUGGACUUUAGAGCCCAGGUAAAGCAGCACCAGGCAGUGGCUGUGCAAGCUAUUGGAUCUGAAUGGACUGGACACCCUGCAGGACCUCCAAUUGUCAUUCACUGCAGCGCAGGCAUUGGGAGAACAGGUACCUUUUGUACUUUGGAUAUAUGUCUGUCCAGACUGGAGAACAUUGGAACAGUGGAUGUAUUACAGACAGUGAAGAGAAUGAGAACUCAGCGUGCUUUCAGUAUUCAAACAUGGGAUCAAUAUUAUUUUUGUUACAUGGCGAUUAUUGAAUAUGCACAAAGGAAAGGUCUCCUUGCCCCUGUGGAAUGGUCCGACACUGAAUUUGAGACAGAUAGCGAAUGAUUAUUGCCUUUCCACGGUACUAAGAAAUGUUAUGUGGGUGCAUCCAAGGCCAUAAGCUGGUCCAGUAAAAGUUGGCAGUGCUGGAUGGCUCUGCCCCCAUGCUGUCAUGCAGGGAAGUGCAGGUCCCUUCAGUACACUGCUUUGUUUGAGCUAUUAAUGCACUGGAAAGUGUCAUAAUUUAUUGUAGCAUGAAUGCAAUGGAAUAACUUGCACACCGUUUCCUAGACUUGAACUUUAAGUGUACUUUUUUUCUUUGCUGUUGUGCGCAGGAAGAAUUGAGUAUAUAGAAUGUGUCACAGAUCCCUUUGUAAAGUGUGUAGUAACUUGUAGAUUUGUUUAGUCCUUUUUAUGAAUUGUAUGUAAAUUCUAAUGUGUUCUCUAGAGAUGGCUUCAAAGUCUAACAUUCAAUCAAUGACACCAAGUAGAGGUCCACAAACCUGCUCACUUUGGCAGUGUUGUAAAUUUCUGUACAGCUCUUAAACACGAUACAAGUUCCACCACAGCCAGGAUGACGACUAGUGAAAAUUCUGUUAAAGUGAAAUCAUGAAGUGUUAUGCAAAUUCCUACAAAUUUUACUUUAAUUCUUUCAGCAGUGAAAGUGUUAAGGGAAAAGGCCUUAAGCUGUGUUUGAUUUGUUUGUGCGAAUGUUUUUUUUUUUUUUUCCCUCCUAUGUUUUCUUAAGGCACAUCCAAUCAAGAAUUGUCUUUACUUCUCUAAUGGAGGAUGGGUUCAGAUAACCACUGAGCAAGAUGACACGGCUGUCUUGUGAUUUGUGCGGUGUCUUGUGUCAUCCACAAGUGUAACGAUUAAGAAACCUCCACCCACCGGCCAUUUUUCAAAUGCUGGGCUUUUCUCAGCUGUAGAGGUCCCACAGGGUGCUCGGUAAUUGCUUUAGCAAAGCCUGUGGUAAAAUAAUUUUGGAAGAUUUUCUUAUCUAAUGAUAUAAGCCAGCCAUCGUAAUCCUUUUCAGCAUAGCAGCCAUGUGUUGGCAGAUGAUGAAGACAUCACUUUCUUUAACGUGUAUGUCAAGGAAGGGUUAAACCCCCUAUUAUUAUUUUUUAUUGCUAGUGCUUUGUUGGGGCUUUUUAUCUUCGCUAUCCUGCUGAUAACGGUUUCAUCAGACUGGAAUGGAGAGAAAAAUCUCAACAGCAGCAGACUAUAGGACUUCUAUAAAAGUUUUAUUUCGGUCUGUCUUCCUGUGAUCAUGAAGAAACUUGAAGUGCCACUCACAGCUGAAGAUUAAGUGUCUCCCUCCCGGUACUCAGAAGAUUAGAGCAGGCGUCUAAUUUACUCACCCAAAAGUGCCAAGCUAUAUAGCGAGAGACGCUGCUUAAAUCAACCUGAGCCGAGUGGGGCGAAACGUGUCAGAAGGUGUAGCCAGAGGAGCAGCUCUGGCUGAGGCCACACAUCUCAUUAGUGUCAAGCUAUAUUGCGAGAGAUGCCACUCAAACCAUCCUGAUGCUAACGAGAUGUGUGGCCUAAGCUAGAACUGCUCUGGCCAUGCCCCUAACAUUUCACCCCACAGAGCAGGGUGAAAUGUGUCGGAGGGCGUGGCCAGAAGAGCGGCUCUGGCUGAGGCCACACAUCUCAUUAGUGUCAAGCUAUAUCGCCCAAACCAACCCCAAUGCCAAGAAAAUGUGUGGCCUAAGCUAGAGCUGCUCCGGCCACCCCACCGUGCGGGGUGAAACGUAUCAGAGGGGUGGCUGGAGCGGCUCUAGCUUAGGCCACACAUCUCGUUGGCAUUGGGUUGGUUUGAGCGGCAUCUCUUGCAAUGUAGCUUGACACUGUGUUGGUUUUUCUAUUGAAGAUUUUUCCUUCCAUUCAGUCUGGUAAAAAAAAAAAACAUUGUCACUGGAACAGAAAGCAAAGGGAAAUCUCUCUAACCCUGGAUAGUUGUAAAACCCUGACCAGUUCUAAUACUCCCCCCCCUCCAAACCCCCCCCCCCCCAAAAAAAAAGUCUCUGCCCAUGUUAUGUAGCCUUCCAUUCUCUUUAAAAUGCUGACAUUUCUUUAUCCUGGGUCAAUACAGAGCCCUUUUAUCAAGCAGGCCUUCUAGUCUCCUGAAGCCUGACAAGUUUGAGUGUUCCAGCCUGUUAAGCAGGUCUUGGAUCAUUGGAAAAAUGUGAAAUGCUAAUGUUUAUGACUCCCAGGAUGAAAGGGCUAUCUGUAUUUUUUGCACGUAUAGGAAAAGCCUACAUGCAAUUGUAGCCCCCCACAUUUAGGUUCUUAACUUUGUUGACGGGGGAAAAAGGAUUCUUGUGAGGAUGUGGCAUUGAGGAACUGUCUUUCCUUUUUUUUCCCCCCCUUUAUCUCACACUAUGUGUAGUGUAUGGGUUUGCAUACAAUAUAACACUGCCUGCAUUGAUGUGCCUUUUUAAUGUUUGUGUAGCACAAAAAUCAUAAUUUAUCCAAAUUAAAAUACAAAUGCUUGCAUUUAUAUUCUCAGGGGCCUCUAUUUUCCAUUUCUUUGAGGGGGAAGGAGUGACCUGUUCUUUCCCCUCAUCCCUUCCAUGUACUUGAGUACAGAAAAAUCUUAAAACUGUUUUAUUUUUAUUUUAUAUCAAUACUGUAUUUUUUUUCCAAUUUAUUUAAUGUUGUGUACUUAAAGUAUUAUAUUUUUUUCCUAUUUUGGUACGACUACAUGACAGUGGCAGCAUAAUACUAAAUGGAUCCAGCUACUGUAUUUAUAAACAUGCUUAAUCAAUGUAAAUGUUUAUAUAAGCUCUGGGAUUGCAAAAAUAAAAUGCAUUUAUUUCCUUGCCAUAUUUAAGAUUGUAGGACCUGUUGGUACAAAACUGGCAAUUCAAUAGAAAGCUUAUAGAUUGGAUUUCUGUAUUCCAGAUUAAAUAUUUCUUUAGCCUUUAUUAUUUGAAUGCCUUUUGUCUAUUUCUGUGUCAGUCCGACAAUUACCCAAGGAGCACAUUUGUAUCUUUCGGUGUGGUUGCCAAGAAUUGUUGACGCACCAAUUUUACUUUUUUAUACGUAAUUCAGUAAAGCAUGGUAGUAAGUUAUUAAAGGUAACUCUAUCUUUA